AUGAAGAACAUGCUGACCCAGUACCCAACAGGGUUGGUCGCCUGCGUCCUCGUCAGCGACUCCUUCGACGUUUUCAAGGCUUGCAAGGACUACUGGGGCGACAAGCUCAAGGACCUGAUCAAGGGCCGGAUUACCGGGGACAGCUUUGGUCGCCUGGUGGUGCGCCCGGACAGUGGCGACCCUGCGGACACUUGCAAGCAGAUCCUCAAGAUUCUGUGCGAGCAGUUCAAAGAAGAUGUGACCACCACGAAGACAGGUCACAAACUGCUGCCCGCGUACAUCCGCGUGAUUCAGGGUGAUGGCGUCGACUACGAGUCAAUUCCGAAGAUCCUGAAGUCGCUGAAGAAUGCUGGCUUUGCUGCAGACAACAUGGUCUUCGGAAGUGGUGGCGCGCUGCUGCAGAAGUUGAACCGAGACACCUUCAAAUGCGCAUUCAAGUGCUCCGAGAUCACGGUCAGCGGCGAGAAGAGGGAGGUGUUCAAGGAUCCGAUCACCGACAAGGGCAAGGCCUCGAAGAAGGGCCGACUCACCGUUCAGCUGGCCUCCGAGACUACAGGCUUCAAGGACGCCGACAAGUACAAGCCACGCCAGGGAGACAAGGGAGUGGCAGGCGGCACCGGCUUCCUUCACUACAGCACGGACGGAAAGAUCGUCACUGUAGCCAGCGGCAUGGGAGAUGCUUCGAAGGACUUGAUGGUGGAGGUUUUCCGCGAUGGCCGCUUGCUGAAGGACUACUCCCUGGAAGAGAUCCGCAAGCGUGCUGACAUUCCACAGGGUCCUUUCGCAGACCCACCAAAGGAGUGGGUCAUCAGCAUCGAGAAAGCGGGCAAGAAGCUGGGACUGACUUUGGUCAGCGAGGGCCAGGAGAAGCUGAAGGUCACGGCCAUGCUCCCAGGCGCUGCUGAGGAGUGGAACAAGGCCAACCCAGACCAGGCCAUCGCACUGGGCGACUAUGUCACAAAGGUGAACACCGUAACAGGCCCCAAAACAGCAGAGAAGAUGCUGAAGGAAUGUGCAAAGGACAAGGUCGAGCUGACCAUUCUGCGCCCCUGA